AUGGGCUACUCAACCAAACUUUUCACCUCCUGCCUCCUCCUUGGCCUUCUCUUCAUUCCUGCUAAUGCAGCCACCUUUGAAAUCCGCAACAAUUGCCAGUACACAGUGUGGGCUGCAGCCUCGCCUGGUGGUGGACGCCGCCUAGACAGCGGCCAAACUUGGAUGCUUGACGUGCCAGCUGGCACAUCCACGGGUCGUAUCUGGGGCAGGACAAACUGUAACUUUGAUAGUAGCGGUAGUGGUAGUUGCCAAACUGGGGAUUGCACCGGUGGCCUAGUGUGCCAAUGUUGGGGUGUCCCUCCUAACACUCUAGCUGAAUAUGCGUUGAACCAAUUUGAUAACUUGGAUUUCUAUGACAUAUCACUCAUUGAUGGCUUCAAUAUCCCUAUGGAGUUUGGCCCAGCAUCAGGCGGUGGAGGAAGUUGUCAAGCACUUGUUUGCGCAGCAGACAUCAAUGGCGAAUGUCCUGAUGAACUGAGGACUCCUGGUGGGUGUAAUAACCCUUGUACUGUGUUUCAGACCGAUGAAUAUUGUUGCACUGGUGGGCCAGGGAGCUGUAAUCCUACCAAAUAUUCAAGGUUUUUUAAGGAUAGAUGCCCUACUGCUUAUAGUUAUCCCCAAGAUGGUCCUGCCAGCACAAUUUCCUGCCCUGAAGGACGCCAGCUCCCCUUAACAAAAGAAAAGGGGGAUCAUGAAGAGUUUUUGCCUAGAGCGUGUGGUGGAGGGAAGUGUCAAGCACUUGUUUGCGCAGCAGAUGUCAAUGGCCAAUGUCCUACUGAAUUGAGGACUCCUGGUGGGUGUAAUAACCCUUUUUCUGUGUUUAAGACUAAUCAAUAUUGUUGCACUAAUGGGCAAAGGAGCUCAGGUCCUACCAAUUUUCAAUGUCCUAAUAAAUUUAGGACUCCUGGUGGUUGUCUUCUGCCCUUGGGGAUCUCCUCAUUUCCCAUUGGAGAUGCCUGGAAACCAGAGCAGGGGACUGAGGACAUAGUUGAUGACUUGAUGAGGUCCAUGCCCCAUGUACUGCCCAACCUUCUCCCUCAACUUCAGGCAAGAAGAUGGAUUCCGCCAGACCGAGGAUCUAAUGGUCAUCAGCAGGUAACUCCUAUGCCAGUUGGCAAUGUUAAUGAGUCGGAGGCGAGGUCAAUGGAUAGUGAUUCUAGCGUUCAAGAUUAUUUUCCUGGUGAAUUGGAGAAACGGGUUAUGCAAUCUCAUGGCAAUUGA